AUGGACAGAUUCGCACGGGAGCGCGGCAUGAAGGCGAUUGCCGAAGCAGAUCAGAUUGCAGGCCAUCUCAGCGCACUGGACGGCGCGGUGGCCGCCAAUCAGCAUAUCGAGGCAUCCGGCAUGCGUCGCGACAAGCGCCGCGUCCGCGGCCGGGCGAGCGCGAUCAAUCCCGCCGGGCGUUUCGAGGCGCUCAGCCGCACCGAGGAGGAUGAUGGCUGGCAGAGCCUUGAGGAUCUGCCGCCGUUCAAGACCGAGGUGCAGGUCGAGCAGGCGCGCACGGUGAUCACGCGCAACCAGUCGCCGGACAUUUCGUUCGACCGGUCGAUCAACCCCUAUCGCGGCUGCGAGCACGGAUGCGUUUAUUGUUUCGCGCGCCCGACACAUGCCUAUGCGGGACUGUCGGCGGGCGUCGACUUUGAGUCCAAGCUGUUCGUCAAACCCGAUGCGGCAAAGCUUCUGGAAAAGGAAAUCACCCGCAAGGGCUAUGAGGCCCGAUGCAUCGCGAUCGGCACCAACACCGAUCCCUACCAGCCGAUCGAGCGGGACUGGAUGGUGAUGCGCUCGAUCCUGGAAGUGCUCGAACGCUACAAUCACCCGGUCGGCAUCGUGACCAAGUCGGCGCUGGUGACGCGCGACAUCGACAUCCUCUCGCGCAUGGCCUCAAAAGGGCUGGCCAAGGUGGCGCUGUCGGUGACCACGAUGGACCGGAUGCUGGCCCGGACGAUGGAGCCCAGGGCCUCGACCCCGACAAAGCGGCUCGAAGCGAUCCGGGCGCUGGCCGAUGCCGGCAUUCCAACCUCGGUCAUGGUCGCGCCGAUCAUUCCGGGGCUGAACGAUCACGAGAUGGAGCGCAUUCUCGAUGCGGCGGCUUCGCUUGGCGCGACCCAGGCCGGCUAUGUCCUGCUGCGCCUGCCGCUCGAGGUCGCACCGGUCUUCAAGGAAUGGCUGCUGCGCCAUUAUCCCGAGCGCUACCGGCAUGUGAUGAGCCUGAUCCGCUCGAUGCGCGGCGGCAAGGAUUAUGACGCCGACUGGAACAAGCGCAUGCGCGGCACGGGCCCCUAUGCGUGGCAGAUCGCGCGCCGCAUGGAAAUCGCCUGCAAACGGUUGGGGCUCUCGGGACGCGGCACGGCGCUGCGCACCGACCUGUUCGUCAAGCCCGCGCCAAACGGGGAGCAAUUGGCGCUUUUGUAA